ACGCCGAGCCGCAAGCACUGUCCCGAGGAGAAACUCAAAAGAAGACUUAAACUCAGUGUCCGGGAAUCAGAAUCGGACCCGGACCAGAACCAGAACCAGAACCAGGACCAGGACCAGGACCGAGAUCUAGAUCAAGAUCAAGUCUAAGACCAGGACCAUGUCCAGGUCGGAGGAGCGAGACGAGGCGGACUGUGUUUGUUCAGUCGGGAUGAAAUUAACGUGGGACAUCAACGACCCCAAACUACCACAGGACACUAAACAGUACGACCCGUUCCAGGAGUGGACAGACGGUUAUGUCCGGUACAUCUACAGCGCUGAAGACAAGAACGCUCAGAGACACUUGUCCGGCUGGGCCAUGAGGAACACCAACAACCACAACUGUCAGAUCCUGAAGAAGUCCUGUCUGGGGGUGGUUGUCUGUUCUCGAGGGUGUUCCCUCCCCGACGGGUCCCGACUGCAGCUGCGCCCGGCCAUCUGUGACAAGGCCCGGCAGAAACAGCAGAAGAAACUGUGUCCGUGCUGUAACGCUGCUCUGGAGCUGCUGCCGUGUCGUGGUCAUAGCGGUUACCCCGUCACCAACUUCUGGAGAGUCGACGGAAAGGCCAUCUUCUUCCAGGCUAAAGGUGUCCAUGACCAUCCGAGACCAGAAUCCAAAUCUGAGACCGAAGCCAGAAGAAGUUCGGUGAAGAGACGCGUUAGCUCCCCUGCAUUCACUCCCAAGAGACGACUCAUCGAGACACAGGCUCUAGGCCCCGCCCUCCUCUCCUGCGUUGAACCCACAGACAGAAUCUCCUUCAUAGAGCCGAACUUCCCGCAGCAUUACCCAGCAUUCCAAAGCCCAGACCCCUACUACAACACCCACAAUGCACUGGGAGAGGCCACACCCACGUUGCAGAAACCAGCCAAUCCCAGGCUUUACAUGGGCCGGCCUGGUUACGAGUUCCAAGGAUACCUGACCUCGCCUUCAUAUCCCAUGACCUCUGACCUCUGCGACCCCAGGGUGACGCCGGUCCUGGGCUCCUCCACGUCAUCAUCUUCAUCAUCAGCUCCACUCUCCUCCUCCUCCUCCUUCGACCACCAGUCGAAGCCUCCUCCAGGCUGGAAGGAGCUGCUGAAGAGCUCCACCCCCUACAGCGACAACCACCAUUACUACAGCGCCGAGUACCCCUGCCGUUACCCCAGCAACCCCCCGGGCUCCCCCGCAGCCCUGCAGACCAUCAUCACCACGACAACCAAGGUUUCCUAUCAGCCUUGUCCGAAGCCUCCUGCAGCGCUGCCUCCCUACCAGUCCUGCCCCAAACCUCCUGCCGGACUCCCGUCCUACCAGCCAUGUGCUCCCUCCAAACCCACGGGUCUCCCCGGCUGCUCCUCCCAGCUGGAUGACGCUUCCUCCUCCUACUCCACCGAGGUGAAGGUGACGGAGGAGUCGGGCGGCGUCAUCAAGUCACUGUCGUUUCAGCCCGAACCUCUGCAGACGAAGACGGAGCGGACCGACGGCUACGACUACCGCUACACCUACCCCAACACAUACCGCUACGACGACUACUGAUGCACCUCUACCUCCCUCCACCAGGCUGUCCGGCUGGACCUGGAGCUCCAGGAGCUGAGAGGACGCUGAAUGUAAAGUCUGAUCAUUGAGAAACUGCGGGAGGAGGAACAUUUCAGCUUUUCUGUGGCAUCUCCUUCUGGACAAAUCCAAACUAAAAGGGGGUGUUUCUGGAGCUUCGACCUCUUGGGCCACAGAUCUUCGCUCACUCAGAAUGAGAACUGGGUUUAAGAAAAAGAUGAUUUUCUGACUCAAAUCGGGCUUCGUUUGAAGAAUCUGAUAUUGAUUCCUAAAAUCCUCUGCUUGUUUUUUUUUGUUUGUUUGUUUUUUUUUUAAAUCUUCACCGUCAGGACUGAAAGCUGAUUGGAUUUAAAAAGUCUGACGACAGAGAAGAGCUGGACUAAAGCAAAGACACAUGAAAGACGAGAAAGUAGAGGGAGGAGACGGCACAAACCUCUGCAACCGACGAGGACGGUAGUUUUAGUUUGAAGUAACAAUUUCAAAAGUGAAACAUCUCUGGUAGCAGCACCCAGCCGUGGUGAAAAUACCAUGAAAGACCAAUCGAAAAAACAAUCGAACGUGGAUCCCUCCAGAUUUAUGGAGACAAACCAUUUGUCUUUGAAUGUUUUAAUGUCUUAAAAUUUCAUAUAAAUGUGGUUUACUGAAGAAAUGGACAAUAUCUGGUGAUUAGCUCAGUUUGUUUAAACUGUUUAACGUACGUCGCAUUUUAUGAAAGGAAGCUCUUCGCGAUCAGACGCUUCUUCCAACCCGAGCGCCGACCCUUCAGACUCACAUCGGACCUGUCAGCUCCCACAUUUAAAGCAGUAAAAGAAAGUCUCUGUGUUCUCUAAUGAAAUCAAGAUAUUUAACAGAAGAGCUUCAGGAAUCAGAAUAAUUUAUUGAAUCAGUUUGAUCUGAAUAUGUUUCACGUGAAACUGUUUUAUUCUAGAACCACAGGGGUGAAAUAAACCAGUAAUGAACUUUUAA